GCCGGGGGGCUGCGCUAGGGCGGCCCGGCGGAGCCUCGGCCCCGCGGCCGGGGCUCGCCCCCCCUCCCCGGGGGCGGCGAGGAUGCAGCACCCGCUGGAGCUGGGGGCCGCGCACUACUUCCCGGCCGAAGCCUUCCCCGACCACCGCUCGCACCGCUACCGCAGCUUCAUGAUCGAGGAGAUCCUCACCGACCCCCCGGACGCCAAGGGCGCGGCGCCGGCCGGGGAGCUCCUCAAAUUCGGGGUGCAGGCGCUGCUCUCGGCCCGGCCCUACCACAACCACCUAGCCGUGCUGAAGGCGGAGCCGGCGGCCGUGUUCAAGUUCCCUCUGGCUCCCUUGGGCUGCUCGGGGCUGAGCUCGGCGCUGCUGGCCGCCGGCUCGGGGCUGCAGGGCGGCUCCGCCUCGCCACAUCUCCCGCUGGAGCUGCACCUCCGCGGUAAGCUGGAGCCGGGCCCCCCCGAGCCGGGCGGCAAGGCCAAGAAGGGGCGCCGCAGCCGCACCGUCUUCACCGAGCUGCAGCUCAUGGGGCUGGAGAAGCGCUUCGAGAAGCAGAAAUACCUCUCCACGCCCGACAGAAUAGACCUGGCCGAAUCGCUGGGGCUCAGCCAGCUCCAGGUGAAAACCUGGUACCAGAACAGGCGCAUGAAAUGGAAGAAAAUAGUGCUGCAGGGGGGCGGCCUGGAGUCCCCCACCAAACCCAAGGGCCGCCCCAAGAAGAACUCCAUCCCCAGCAGCGAGCAGCUCUCGGAGCAGGAACGAGCCCGGGACGCCGAGAAGCCGCCCGAGAGCCUGGGCUCGCCGGCUGAGGUCAGCCAGGAGGAGUGACCGGCACGGCCCGGCCCCACCGCCGCCGGCCCCGAGCCGCUCCGCCCGGCCGGGAGCGCGGCCACCGAGCGCCGCCGCCGCCGCCCCGGGCCGGGGUCCCCGGGAGGAGCCACCGGCCCCGCACCUCCCCGCUCCGCCGGCAGCGACCCAGGGGGAAGAGGGCUGGAAGGGGGGAACCAAGCGGUUCGUGGACUGCUGUCGCCUUCGGUUUCCGACGAAUCCAGCGUUUGGCCCGGCCGCGUUCCCGGCCCCAGCCCCGCCGCUCCUCUCCGCGCCCGCGGGGCGCUGCGCCCCGGCCCCCACUGUGCGACGGCCCCGAGGGGCCAGGAGGAGGACACUGGAUUCCACCUUCACGUCCGCUCGCUGUCUGAAACCCUGUGGUGCCCCUAGUUACUCGAAAACUGCAUUUUACGAUCAGUUUUAUUAAUGCGAAGAUAUUUAGUUUAUUUCAAUAAAGUAUUUUAUGAACUAUU